UUUGACUCCCUUACACCAAGCAGUAUUGGACGGAAAUAUAAUGGCAGUUCGUCUCCUCAUAGAACAUGGUGCCAACGUCAACAAACAAGACGAAGACAGCUGGGCACCCUUACACGCCGCAUGCGCAGAAGGGCACGCCGAUAUUGCCAAGUUACUUCUCCAGCACGGGGCUAAGAAAGACUUGUUGACUGAGGACGGAGAGCGCCCUCUGGAUCUAGUAGAACCCACAGACUUCCCAACCAUUAAAGUUAUGUUGGGGCAGAGUAAAGGCAAUGCCUCUCCCCCACCCCCGGACUUAGGAUCAGACGAAAGUGACGAAGAAUCCGAUGAUGACAAGUAGUGUUAAUACUGUGGUGUAUGGAAUAAUUCUGUUGAAGGAUAAUAAAAACAUCUGGUUCCGCAAGCCUAAUAAAUCCCGCAAAAGUUCACAAAUCUAAUGGGAUCGUGCGAACAAAAACAAAUGGCAUGUAUAAGUUGCCUGCGGAAAAUUGAUGUCUUAGCGCGACUAUUUGGAAGGAAAUAGACUUGUCAGGAUAAAAGUGGAACUUUCCGCCAUUAAUCAUUUGUCAACUCACUCAUACCUACGAGAAAAGUGUGUGAAGAUCCAAAGAAAAUAUUGUGUGUUUUUUUGUGCUGUACAUAAUUGCUCUUGUUCAUAACAGUCAGAAGAUCCCAGCAUCACAAAUCAGUCUGUACUCAGGGUCAAACAUCCAGUGCAAAAAAAGGACAACGUCAAGAUGACUCUACAUGUAGGCAGCGAGAUUUUAUUCUUCGUCAUCAACGUGUGACGAAAUAUCAGCGAGGCCAAUAGAAUGACAGUCCAAUGAUUUAAUGUUAUAAACAUCAUUCAAAAGUAAGGGAACUAUUUUGUUACCAUGGUUUAAAGACUAACCCUUUCUAUGAUUCAUAACAUUUGGCUUCCUCAGACUAGUUCCCUCCCUUAGUUCUCUACUCUCCGCCAGGGCUGCGUACGCAAGGGAGGUAACUGAGGAGGCAACCAGUCUAUAGCUAGCGCAAUGAACCAUGGGAAAUAUUUCAACAGCAGCUUUUUUAAGGCAACACGGGAGGGGUCAACUGGAUACGUAUUUAUCAAAUGUCACUUGCAGCAGUUGACACCAUUUUGUCACCAAUUCACAUUUCUACAAAACGACAGAGACAUCGGACGUCCUCCCCUCACCUGAUGUUGUACGUACGUACGUGUGCCAUCCAAUACACAAAGUGUUUGUACACAUGUUUAUAAAUUUAAGUGUUAUCAA